AUGGCUUAUACAGGAGUAUUACCCUUCGUAAGAGGGGUUGAUUUCACCAGAAAUGAUUUUAGUGGAGAAAAAUUUCCUGAUGCAGUUAAUUCAAUGACCGGUUUACAAUGGUUAAAAUUAGAUCGAACAAAUUUGGAAGAAAUCCCAAAAGAAAUGGGAAAUCUACUGAAAUUAGAACACCUGUCACUAACAAGAAAUCAUCUCGAAAAAUUAUAUGGAGAACUAACGGAGUUAAAUUGCUUACGAACUUUAAAUUUGCGACACAAUAAAAUAAAAUCAUCUGGCAUUCCAUCAGAAUUGUUCAAUUCAGAAGAAUUGAGUACCCUAGAUUUUAGCCACAACAAUUUAAAAGAAGUCCCAGAAGGUUUGGACAGGGCUAAAUCGCUCUUGGUUUUAAAUUUAAGUCACAAUCAUAUCGAAUCCAUCCCAAAUACACUCUUCAUCAACCUAACUGACCUGUUAUUCCUCGAUUUGAGCGACAACAACUUGGAAACGCUUCCGCCGCAAACCAGGAGGCUAGCAAACCUACAAUUAUUGAAAUUAAACAAUAAUCCUCUAGGACAUUUUCAACUGAGACAGUUACCUUCAUUGUUGAAUUUGGAAACGUUACACAUGCGAAAUACUCAGAGAAAUUUAAACAAUUUUCCUACGAAUUUAGAGAGUCUGAUCAAUUUGUCUGACGUGGAUUUGGCGCAAAACAAUUUGCCUAAAGUGCCUGACGCUUUGUAUUCUUUGAUCAAUUUGAAGAGGCUCAAUUUGAGCGAGAAUGAAAUUACGGAGCUGUCCACAGCAAUGGAGAUGUGGCAAAAAAUAGAAACCUUAAACUUAUCCCACAAUCAAAUAACCAGUCUUCCUGCUUCUCUAUGUAAAUUAUCUUCUUUAAGACGUUUGUAUAUUAACGACAAUCAGCUGGAUUUUGAAGGUAUACCUUCGGGAAUUGGGAAAUUAGGCAAUUUGGAAUUGUUUUCAGCCGCAAACAAUCGCAUAGAAAUGAUACCGGAAGGUCUUUGUAGGUGUGGUUCCUUGAAAAAAUUAAAUUUGAGUUCAAAUCGGCUGAUUACUCUACCAGACGCUGUUCAUCUUUUAACCGAUUUAGUUAAUUUGGACUUGAGGAACAAUCCGGACUUAAUAAUGCCUCCAAAACCGGUGGAAGCCUCGAUAGGAGCUGGUAUCGAAUUCUACAAUAUUGACUUUUCGCUGCAGAAUCAGUUGAGGUUAGCUGGUGCUCAGGUUCCUGUACCCGCGCCUGUUCAGAAUCCUAGUAAAGAUCCCGUUGCGAGAAAAAUGCGAUUGAGAAAGGGUCGAAGAGAUCACGAAGAAGCCGAUCAGGAUCAGGCCAAGAUUUUGAAGGGUAUGAAAGAUAUAGCAAAAGAGAAGAAUAGAAAUGUAGAAGAAGAUACUAAGGCUGACUCUCCCAAACCAAAACGUUGGGACGAAGCUUUGGAAAAACCUCCUCUUGACUACUCCGAAUUUUUUGAUGAAGAUACUGGUCAACUACCUGGUCUAACCAUUUGGGAGAUUGAGAAUUUCCUACCAAAUCGCAUAGAUGAAGUAGCGUACGGCAAAUUUUAUGAAGGAGAUUGUUACAUGGUAUUAAAAACCUCUAUUGAUGAAAACCAAUCGCCAUCUUGGGAAAUAUACUUUUGGAUAGGAGGAAAAGCUUCGUUGGAUAAAAAAGCUGGAUCAGCUAUUCACGCGGUAAAUUUGAGAAAUUUUUUGGGUGCUCAAUGUCGUACGAUUAGAGAAGAACAAGGCGAGGAAUCAGAAGAAUUUUUAAGUCUUUUCGAGACACCAAUUACCUACAUAGAAGGCGGAAGAACUUGUAGCGGCUUCUAUACAGUCGAAGAUAUGAAUUUCGAAACGAGAUUAUACCGGAUUCACCCAGCAGGUCCGUCUAUCCAUUUGGAACCAGUAGCGAUUUCGGUUGACUCGCUAGAUCCACGAUUCGUGUUCAUUCUUGACACUGGCAUGUUGAUAUUCGUAUGGAAUGGUAAAAAAGCCAAAAAUACUUUGAAAUCGAAAUCUAGAUUGAUGUGCGAAAAAAUUAAUAAGAACGAACGGAAGAACAAAGCUGAGAUUUUAACGGAAAACGCUGGCAGCGAGAGCAAGGAGUUUUGGAUCAAUUUGGGACUCGAAGACGGUCUUCGACCAGAGGAACCACCCAAGGAACAUGUUGUAGAUGAGUUCGUACCUGUUCCGCCGCGACUGUAUCAGGUUCAAUUGGGAAUGGGUUAUUUGGAAUUACCUCAAGUAGAAUUAUCACAAGGAAAAUUAGUCCACAAUGUGUUGUUGAGUAAAAACGUGUACAUGUUGGAUUGUUAUUUGGAUGUUUUUGUGUGGAUUGGAAAAAAGUCUACCAGACUUGUAAAUGCUGCUGCUGUAAAAUUAUCCGAGGAGCUGUUCAAUAUGAUUGACAGGCCCGAUUAUGCGCGUGUUACUAGAGUAAGAGAAGGAACUGAAACACAGAUAUUUAAAUCCAAAUUUAUCGGUUGGGACGAAGUAAUAGCAGUAGACUUCACCAGGACUGCCGAAUCGGUCAAAAAAACUGGCGUUGAUUUGAUUAAGUGGGCGAAAGUACAAGAGACGAAAGCAGAUCUGACGGCUCUUUUUACUCCCAGAGUACCGCCCAUGCCUUUGGCCGAAGCUCAACAACUUAUGGAAGAAUGGAACGAAGAUUUGGAAGCCAUGGAAUCUUUUGUGCUGGAAGGAAGAAAAUUUGUUCGACUUCCCGAAGAAGAACUAGGAACGUUCUAUUCUCAAGAUUGUUACGUGUUUUUAUGCCGUUAUUGGGACGAUGCAGAUGAGACAGAACCCGAAAAUGAAAUGGACGAUUACCAGUGGGUUUGCUAUUUCUGGCAAGGCAGAGAUGCCGGUAACAUGGGUUGGCUCACGUUUACCUUCACUCUCCAGAAAAAAUUCAAAGCUUUGUUUCAAGACAAGCUUGAAGUAUUAAGGACGUACCAACAGCAGGAAAAUAUGAAAUUCAUGGCACAUUUCAAGAGAAAAUUUAUUAUCAAACAAGGGAAACGAAAUAAAAAGGAUGAGAAGAGACCUGUUGAGUUUUAUCAUCUUAGAUCUAAUGGUAGCGCUUUGUAUACCAGAUUGGUACAGAUCAGACCUGAUGCUUCUUUACUAAACUCAGCUUUUUGUUACAUUCUGAACGUACCAUUUGAACAAGAAGAAGAUUCCGGCAUCGUUUAUGUUUGGAUUGGUUCCAAAUGUGACCCAGACGAGGCGAGAUUAAUCCAAGAAAUAGCUGAAGAAAUGUUCAAUAGUCCUUGGGUCACAUUACAAGUUCUGUCUGAGGGCGAGGAACCAGACAAUUUCUUUUGGUAUGGACUGGGUGGAAAGAAACCCUAUGAACUUGAUGCCAACUACAUGGAAUUCACGAGACUGUUUAGGUGUUCCAAUGAAAAAGGAUACUUUAUCGUUUCUGAGAAGUGCUCUGAUUUUUGUCAAGACGAUCUUGCAGACGACGAUAUUAUGAUUUUGGACAAUGGCGAACAAAUAUUUUUAUGGUUAGGAGCAAAAUGUAGUGAAGUAGAAAUAAAACUAGCUCUCAAAUCCGCACAGGUUUAUAUUCAACAUACGCGCGCCAAACAACCUGAAAGACCUCGAAAAUUGUUUUUAACAUUGAAGAAUAAGGAAUCCCGAAGAUUUACGAAGUGCUUCCACGGUUGGGGCGAACACAAGAAACCACCCGAAUAA